GAAGGUCGAGACUUGAGCAGGGUAUCAGAUAUGCCAGCUGCAGUUCACUUCCUCAUUGGACAUCGCGGGACCGGCAUGCUGAUGUCUUGUUGCCAUGAUUGGCAGUUCCUCGACGCAACUUCGCCUAGGCGUUCCCAGCAUGUUUCCAUGCGGGUAAGCGGUUGAGAGUGGGUGUGCUGACCGGCCACCCAGUAGGCUCAACUACAGCGCUAUGGCUUCGAGACCCAGUUUCAUCAAUAGGACGCUACCUUGUGGUCGAUAACGCCAAUUCCCAGGAUGUGUGGAGUAUAUCUUUGAUAUGCCGUGCUUCGGAUUGACCCUCAAUAAGCCUCCUCCACUGCUCAACGCCGCACUGUCCUAGCUCUAAAACAUCUCUUGUCGCUUUGUUUUUGCUUAAUAUCUGCCAAACCACUAUGGAGUAUCUCAGGAAGAAGGCUCAAGGAAGCCGGGAAGCGAUAGCCACUGAUACUACCCUCCAGCGGACGAUACGGUAUGGAACGAAGGCCGUCCGUGCCGCACCUUCAGUGGCAGGCCAGUAUUUACUCCAGAAGGCGCCCAUCAUCCAAUGGCUUCCGAAGUACAAUCCGCGAUGGCUGUUGAACGACACCUUAGCCGGGAUUACUGUGGGUGUACUGCUCAUCCCUCAAUCUCUGGCAUACGCGAAGAUUGCGACAAUUCCCGGACAGUAUGGACUCAUGUCGAGUUGGCUGCCUAACUUUCUGUACCUGAUAAUGGGAACUUCUAAGGACCUGUCCACUGGUCCUACGUCGCUCAUGGGUCUCUUAACAGCGGAGAUAAUCGCAGAUGUUGCCCAAGACGGAUACUCACCACAAGCCAUCGCUUCCGCCGUUGCCAUGUCCGUUGGUAUUUACUCCAUGACGCUAGGCCUGCUCAAGCUAGGAUUCCUGCUAGAGUUUAUUUCCGUGCCUGUUCUGAGCGGCUUCAUCUCCGCAGCUGCCAUCGUCAUCAUGCUCGGCCAGAUCCCCUCGCUGUUCGGCAUCACUGUCGGCUCCGGUACGGCGAACAUCAUUCACGACCUUUUCGCCAAGAUACCACAAUAUGAUGGUCCAACAUGCGGAGUGGGUCUUGGGGGUCUGCUACUGCUUUAUCUCAUGCAGAAGAUGGGACAGCGCUGGGGCAAGAAGAACAAGGCCAUAUGGCUGCUAGCACUUGGUCGUAGUGCUGUAGUCCUCAUUCUCUUCGCUGGUAUCUCGUACGCAGUGAAUAAGGACAUCGACCUCGAGAAUGGAGAUCCUGUCUGGGCACUUAGCAAGGUCAAGUCUGAUGGCAUCGCAACGCCUCGCAUGCCAGACUCGGCACUUAUCGGCAAGGUAUUCGCACGAAGCAUUGCACCCUUCAUUGCAGCUGCACUUGAGCAUCUCGCUAUCGCAAAAGCCUUUGGUCGCAAGAACGGCUACGUUACCGAUGCUGCACAAGAGCUAGUCUAUCUUGGCUUCACGAAUUUCUUUAACUCUUUCUUUUCAUCAAUGGCGGUCGGCGGUGCUAUGUCGCGUACUGCCGUCAACUCAGAGUCUGGCGUCAGGUCUCCAGCCUACGGUCUGAUUGCGGGCGGUGUCGUGAUUCUCAGCAUCUUCAAACUUUCCCCAGCACUCUAUUGGAUACCCAAAGCCACAUUGGCAGCCAUCAUUGUCACAGCGGUAUGGCACAUUGUUGUACCUCUUAAAGUCUUCUAUGGAUACUGGCGCACCUCACUCGUCGACUUCACUACUUCCAUGCUGGCCUUCUGGCUCACCCUCUUUGUCUCUUCAGAAGUUGGGAUCGGCACGGCCGUCGGGUUCAACAUCGUCUACCAUCUCCUCUUUAUGGCCUUCCACCGCGUUCACCGCAUAACGUCUAUCGAGGUGGCUUCUCACGGCCGCCAACCCGGUAUGCAUGCCACUCCUCUCGAUACCCAAGUAUUCCGCAUCCACCAGUCUAUGCUCUUCUACAACGCCUACCACAUCAAGACGCAGUGCCUCGACGCGGUCCAGACGUUCAACUCUGGCGAUGUGGCGACGCUAGAGGCUGCGCACGCAAACCGCAACUGGAGUGUCGCUGGCAAAGAUCGCGCCUUGCGUCUCCGCACGAAAGCCGAGAUCCUCGAAGAGCCUGUUCAGAUCCGCAGUGUUGUACUGGACAUGUAUGCAAUGCAUAAUAUCGACACAACAGGCCUCACGCAUUUGAAAGAUUUGAAGGCAGACAUCGAAGCGUACGGCGGGAAGAGCACGCAGUUCAGACUCGUAGGCCUAAACGAUCGUGUUCGCGAGCGCUUUGCGAGGUUCGGAUGGCAGCUCCGUGAUGUGGCUGACGUCAAUAAGAAAGGCACGAUGGUGUAUGGUACAGUUGAGGAGGCUGUCUUUCGUCGGUCAAGAACGUUUUCGUCGGAUGAGAUUGAAGCGGAGCCUACUGAGGUAUUUGUUGUUGGCGAUGAGAAGAGUAAGGUGUAGAUUAUGGGUUCAGAGGGCGCACCAAGGGUGUGCUAAGUCUGGUGUUUCUUUCACUUUUGCUAUCAGAAGUAUCGCCAUGAUAUCAUGAUGACUCUCUUGUUAUUCCCCGACUAUACAUAGAGUUACGAGUCCAUACACGAGUCAUGAUCUUUCUAUUCCGCGUGUAUUCAUGA